GGGUGAGCUGAUGAACCAGGAUAAUCCAGAGUAACAGAGUUUGUCAUGCUAGCUGUGUGUCUGGGGAGACCUGGUUGCUUAUUCUUUGGGAGGGAGUUUUGGUUUGUUUUCUUUCUAAUGUAGGUUCUCAGUAAAACUUUGCCAUGAAACCUUUGCUUUUCUCAGUAUUUCCACUCCUUCUAUUCUUGUCUUCCCUGGGACAGGAAUUUAACGAGCAGGUUCACUUGGACUUAGUGAGGUCCAGCCCCAAUGUGACUAAAGCUGAAGAGAGGGCAAACAGGUCCCUGCAAGAGUCUCAGGAGGUGAAACCAGAGCUUGGGCUCCCUUGGAUGCUAGUGUAUGUCCCUGUGAGAAGUUGCCAUAGAGUCCUGAAGGAAAAGCUUGGGGAGUUUUCUCCUCCAACAUAUAACCAUUUUCAGCUAAAUAGUUGGUGCAACUGGACCAUAUGGGCAGGCUCCAGAAAACACAUAAUCAUUUAUAUCAAAGGAUUUAUGACCGAUGAGGACUGUGACAAAAAUGAGGAUAAAAUCCUAUUUCAAGGAGUCUCUUCAUUAGUAGAAAACACUGUCAUCUAUGCUUGUUGGAACAAGAAGAUUCAUGUCUUUGCCACCUAUGCUCGGGCUGUCCAUGUAGUAUUUCUGAUGAAGUAUUCUUCAAACCCUAAAAACAAAUACUUUAAAGGAAAGUAUUAUAUAUUCAAACACCGUGACAUUGACACCUCUUCUGAAGAUAUCUUAGUUUCUCAACCCCCUAUUCCAAAAUCAAAGAAAACUAGUCACAGCACUCCCAGAUCUAACAAAGUAUCAGUAAUAUACCCUGGAGAGAUUUCAGAUGAUACAAACAUUAGUACAGCUUCAAGUACUGAGAAUCUUAACAAAAACCUUAACAAGACAACUGUACUUAAUAACACGGGGUUAUUACAGGUAGGGGGUGAAGGUCAAAAUGUCACAGUUCUUGAAAGUUCUCUUCAGCUUAUACCUCAGCAUGGUGCAAGGACUCAACCUUUGAAACCAGAAGCUCAGAGCUUGCUGGAGUCUCUCAAUUUGUCUACAUCAAUGGACAAAGAGAAGAGUCUUGGCAUAGGAAAGUCUUUUGGAAGACUACCCCAAACUGCAGCACCUGAUAUCUGGAAGCUGAGACCCUCAGAGUGUGAAGAGGUCCUGGUGGACUUUAGCGAGGUGUACAGGCCAAAAAGUCUUCCAGGCUUUCUUUCUGAGACUCCUUACUUAAGUGUUUCUCAUCUCACUGACCCCUUGAAAUCUUUGGAGUUAAAAGGACCAGAGAGCGAAAUGUCCUUCAUACUCACUAGUUUGAAGCAAACUAAUAUGGGAGACUUACAACUGAAAAUAAAUCCAACACCUCUGAGUUACCCUGUCCUGGACUCGUAUUUGCAUUCCCUAGCCCAUGACAGAGUAGAAACCAUAGGAGACGAUGAUAUUGGCUCUACCCCUUCCCAAAGUCUCAGCACGGUUACCUUGGUGAAUGAUGAAAAUCUUUUGCAGUCAAACAUCUUGGCUUAUAAAGUGGUGAGCAGUCACAGUGAUAGCCUUGUGACAGGUUCAUUGCCUAGCCUCAGAAUGACCAAUCAGGAUCAAGUGGUGCUUGGUGAUCAGUCACGGCCUGAGACAAGGGGAAUGGAUAAAGCUGGAAGUUACCAAAUAAGUUCGACUCAGAGGGUCAGUGAAGAUAAGUCUGUAACUGAACUGGAUCUGAGAACAACAAACCUCAAAGCUAUUGACCCUCUUGAUGUUUCUGUUCUGGAAAGUUCUAUGGAAGUCAUUGACCAGCCAGAAAUCACAUUGGUUACUGCAGCACCAUAUACAUGUGGAUUCAGCUUCUACAGAACUAGAAAGCAUCCUUCCAAGUACAGAAGUGUCCCUGCAUCUCGCUGCUAA